UCUGUAAAAAAUUUAGUGACAAAACCAAAUAUGUCACCAGUUUUAGAACUUACUUUUGAGAAUUUAAUCUCCAGCAAUCAGUAAAACAUCCGCGAUUUUCUUUAAUUUUCCCCUUUCUCUACCUACUAUAUUUCAAGACAUAAAAUAUUUCGUAAUUAAAAAAAAUACAAUAUAUUUGCAAAUUUCCAGUUCACAACAUUUCUAAGCCGAUAUUUAUUGCCUGUACGCUCUACAUACAAGCAAUCAAAAUAAUAUUAAUUGAUACAGCAUUAAACAAUUGACUCUACAUUUUUUUACCUCUUUAACAUAAAUACACUUUUUUACACGAACAAUAAACUUAACUACUUUAUAACUAAUGUGUUAAAGAAUUUCCUUCAUCCCUGCCCUAUCCUUGGCCGUUGAAAAAAUGUAAAAUAAUUGAAGCAAACACUGGCGGUCAGCGUCGGUAUAUAAGCGCCGUGCGCAAGAGUCGAACAUCAGUUGUUGCUGAGAACUUGUAUCCAACAUGAAAUUCUUGAUUGUCCUUGCCGUAGCGAUGGUGGCGGUCUCCGCCGAGGAGAAGAAGACGGAGAAGCGUGGCCUAUCUGGUCUCGGCUACGGUGGUCUCGGCUACAGUGGCGUCGGCUACGACGGCCUCGGCUACGGCGGCUAUGGCGGACUCGGCUACGGCGGACUUGGCUAUGCUGGUGCACCAGUAGCGGUUAGCAAGGUUGCGUACACCACCGCCCACGGCGGAUACGGCGGCUACGGCGGAUACGGCGGAUACAGCGGCCUCGGCGGAUACGGCGGUCUUGGCGGAUACUCAGGCCUUGGCGGUUACGGUCUUGGCUACGGUCAUGGCGGUUACUACAGCGCCCCCGCUGUCAGCUACGCUAACCAGGUCGCGUACGGCGGAUACGGCGGAUACGGACACGGUCUUGGCGGAUACGGCGGACACGGCGUCGGAUACGGCGGUCUUGGAUACUACGGACAUCACUAAACCUCGCGCACGACGAAAUGUUCAAAUUUUUUGAUUAUUUUUUUCAACUUAUACUUUUUAAUACUCGACGCAAUCGACUUUGGGGUUUAACACCAAAGUUUUUAAUCUGUGAUCAAAUAUUGGAAUAUUUUUUGUUGUUUCAUAACUUUAUUUUGUGUUAAUGGGGAAGUUAAACCCUUUGUCUAUUGAUUGAAUAUAAUUUGGGCAUUAACGCCCGUAUUAUACAACGAAAUAUAUGCGAGUCUUUGUAAAUAUCUAAAUAAAAUAAUAUAAAAUCAA